GGCCUGGCGUGUUCAAUUUGAAGCCAAUAACUUAUUGUUAACUUGUCUUCUGAUUGUAUUGGGUUUUAUUUGCACGGACGCCCUAAAACAGAAAUGAAAUAAACGUAGCAGCUUUGGAAUACUGUUUGUAACAAUAAACAUAAAUAAUAGCUCCGUGCAGUUUAUUCUGAUUAAUUGUAUAAAUACUCCAAACUAAAAGCCUAACAAAUCUAGCAAUAAAUUUAGUCGCGGAGGACUAUACUUUUGAUUACAAAAAAAUAUUCUGAACGCUAAAAAUAUUGUCAGAUAAUGCAGUAGGGCAUGCAGGUUCCGUAUGGAAAUUGUGAAAUAUUGGAAAAUAAUAACGAGACUAUACAGUGUUUGCAGAGAAAACAUCAGUCUUCAAUAAACUGGGCAAAUAAUAUUCCUGAGCAAUACUGUUUUCUGCUUGCCGUAUCUUAGAUAUAGAACCAGAUAUCACCCUAGUGAUUGUCCUGCUGGGAGAAGUGCUUUAUGUGCCAAAACAUAACAAAUGGAUUAGACCUGCGCAAUUUGUACUGGUGAUCAAACUAUGCGCAUCAAUAUUCACUUGCGGUGUAUAUAUUAAAUAGUUAUAAAACUGUUUUAUUUUCUGCAAAUAAGUCGGUUUAUCAUUUUAAUCGUGUGUACUUUAUUAAUAAUUAUAAUGAGUGAUAUCAAGCACCAAAUACAUGGAUUGCUAUUUUUUCAGGCAAUCUGAACACAGGGUAGUGUGAUUUCUACAAGUUGUAAAUCCUUAUUUUAUUGAUAAAUUAAUUACUUGCAGAACAAUUAUGGAAUACAUGUGGUUAUGGAAAAAUAUGUUUCGAAUGUGCAGUCUGAAAGCAUGAACUAUGUGCACUACAUCUGGAUUCUUUUAUCCAUUCUCGUGUCUGUCACAAGUUCGUUUUGUUUCCUCCAGCCGGAGUGGAUAGUUCAUCCCAAUGUCCUCAAUGCAUUUGGAAUAUAUGCUUUCUGUGUCGGUAAUACAGAGUCUGUGAAAUUGUCACGGACGUGUGGAUUUUAUGGAGGCCGCUUUGGAUUCGGGAAUAUACCGUGUACUAUAUGGCAGGCGGCGUGUCUGUUGUACGGCGGCGGAUCAUUGUUUACAUGUUUUGGGGCUUUAUGUUCCCUAUCAACAAUGUGUGUGCGGACAGGCUGGGAUAAAACAUUGGUUCUGGCGACUAGAUAUCUGCAAAUAUCUUCAGUUUUCUUGAUGACUUCUGGACUACUUGUGUAUCCACUUGGAUUUGACUCCAGUUACUUCCGGUUGUAUUGCGGUGCAGGCGCUGAUGUGUACAACUCGGGCAUCUGUCAUCUAGGUUGGACGUACGUUCUGGCUAUAGUUGGGGCUGCAGUUUCAAUAUUCUGUCCAAUCCUGUCCUAUUUCAGUGCGGACGAAAGCUCAACCAGCGAUGGACUCGACUACAAAAUAUAAUGGAAAGGUCAGAAAGGUCAAAAGGAGUUCUUAUGUCAGGGGCUUUAGUGUACUCGCAUGGCCGUUUAACCGUUAUUACAUUGGCAAAAUUUAUCAGUGCAUCUUAAUAGAUUAUUGUACAUUCCGGUAUCAUUUCGGUAGAAAGUUCCAUACUCUCUAAGUGUAAAAAUGUUUCAAGUAAUCAUUCCUUUGCAACUACAAUAAGUAAUCAGUGGUAAAGGUUAUCCUCGAUGUGCUUUGGAUACUUAGCCAUUGUCAUUGCGCAAGUUGAAAUACGAUGAAAUAGAUGAAAAUGGGUUUACUUAAUAAUGUUUAAAAUUAAUGAUAUAAAUCUUCUGUGAAGAUAAGUAAUACUCAUUUUCAUAUAUGAUAACACUUCUAUUACUUUCACACAUGCGUACCAGUUUAUCGACACCAAUUUAUUAUGCAGAAAAUCCGGGAUACAGCGGAACACGCAAAUGAACCUCAUGAAAAUCAUUCUGAUAAUUCUGGUAUCUAUACCACAAGAUGACAGAUGGACAAUUUAGGCCCUCCCAGGAUAAAUGUGUUUUCACAACUUCAUCAGUAAACUUAUUUAGUCAAUCUCUUUUCAGCAUAGCUUUAAAAACAAAAUGUUAAUGCAUUAUACACAUUGUCUUGACCUAACAUAUGUCACUGUCAGUUUGUAACUAAAUACUUGUAUUUCUCAAUUUUUGCAUGCAAAUCAUGUAUAAUUUCCAUCAUGGAAAAACAAAAGAAUACAGUUAUUCCGUGGCACGUCUUUAAAAGUAUUGACUUACAAGAAAUAUAACAUAAAAGCUAGCUCAAAACAUUAGAGGUCUUGGGCCGUCAGUUAUAUAAAAUUCAGAAUAAAAAUCCGAGUAGAAAACAAACGGAGAAAUUUAAAAAUCAAUGCAGAUAUCUUUAUCUUGUCUGUAUACAGCUAUGUGUUUUAUAUGUAAAUUAAGACAAAUUGUUUGUCUUCACGUGUGUUCAGUGCGAAGAGAGAUAUAAAUCUUUCUUUUAAACAGUUUUAUUUUGGUUUUCUUUGUAAAUUUUAUGCCAAGUGUUAUGUAUGAACAUGAAUCUAUAUUCAAGCAUUUGUUUACUGGAAGUCAAUUAAACAAUGAAAAUAAACAAGUAUUGACUCUG